CCAUUCCAUUCUGUUUCUGCACAAAAACAAACACACAACAAGAAGAACAAAAAAAACACUGGAUGGAUGGCUCCAACUCCACCUCUGCCAAUCUUCAUGUUGCAAUACUAUCAAGUCCCGGGAUGGGCCACCUCAUCCCGGUCGUCCUUCUCAGCAACCGCCUCGCCACCCACCACGGCGCCACUGUCACCGUCCUCCUAGUGACCACCACCGUCUCCCCGCCUGAGUCAAACCUCCUGAAAAUCCCCCUCCACCCACUAGUCAACAUUCUAGAGCUCCCUCCCGCAGACAUCUCUCACCUCGUCAAUUCCUCCGCCAAAAUCGUCACCCAGCUCUGCCUCAUGGUCCGCGUGUCCCUCCCCUCCAUCCGCUCCGCCAUGAUGAGCCGCCGUCCCCACGCUCUCUUCGCCGACCUCUUCUGCACAGAAGCGCUUCCCAUCGCCGCCGAGUUCAACAUCCCCAACUACGUCUAUAUCCCUUCCAACGCCUGGUUCACUGCUCUGCUCGCAUACAGCCCCAUUCUCCACCAACAAUAUUCGGAAGAGUAUGUUAACCAAACAGACCCUAUCCCUAUCCCGGGCUGCAAACCGGUCCGACCGGAGGACUUAAAUGACCCAAUGUUGGACCAGAAAGACCAGCAGUACGACGAGUAUCUCAAGAUAGGCGAAAACAUCCCUUCAGCCGAUGGGAUUUUAAUCAAUUCUUGGGCUGAUUUGGAGCCCGAAACGCUCCGAGCUUUUGCGGAGAACCGGUCCGUAAUAAAAAUCCCGGUUCACCCGGUCGGACCGCUUGUGAGAGAGUCUGAACCGGACCACCGGUCUUCCGAGCUGGUCCAGUGGCUGGACCGGCAACCGGAUGAAUCGGUAGUCUUGGCGUCGUUCGGAAGCGGCGGAGUGCUGUCGCAGCAGCAGAUGACGGAGCUGGCUUGGGGGCUGGAGAAUAGCCGGCAGAGAUUCGUUUGGGUGGUCCGCCGCCCCACGGGAGGCCCCGUGGACAACGCGUUUCUCAGGGUGACCAACGGUGAGGAUUCGACGCCGGAUUACUUGCCGGAGGGCUUUCUCACCCGGACCAAAGAGCAAGGGUUUCUGGUAUCCAACUGGGCCCCGCAGGCGGAGAUACUGGGCCAUCCUGCGGUGGGAGGGUUUGUGACGCACUGUGGAUGGAACUCGACUCUCGAGAGCAUUGCCAGUGGGGCACCGUUGAUUGCCUGGCCGCUUUACGCGGAGCAGAAGAUGAACGCGGCCCUGCUGGCGGAGGAGGUGGGCGUGGCGCUGAGGCCGCGGGCGCUGCCGACGUCGGAGGUGGUGGGGAGGGAGGAGAUAGAGGCGAUGGUGAGGGAGUUGAUGGAGGGAGAGGAAGGUGGGCGUCUGAGGGAGAAGGCUAAGCAGCUGAAGAAGAGUGGGGCUGAGGCUCUCAAGCGUGGUGGCCCAUCUUACACAUCCAUCUGUGAUUUGCUUGCCAAGAUAGCUUCUAGAAACACUGUAAUUUCAUAAUUUUGAUGCAUACUUAUUUAAGAUAGGACGAAGUGUCUGCAAUUAUGCAUGUGUGUUUUCGUGACUUAAAAUGAUAAUUAUAUGUCACUCUAUCAUAUUACUUGUUUGA